UGCAGUGAGAGCCAGUGUCUCAUAUUAUCUUCCUCCCGCUCAUCAUUUUCUCACCGAUCAUCAUCUCUGUUCAUCUCAUACUCAUACACUCGCUCACGUUUACAUACGUAAAAUAAAAACAAUAAAAGUGAUAAAAAAAAAAAUAAAAAAUACCAGGGUAGGACUCGUCCGACUCGUCAAUGUACAUCAGUGACUGUCGGGCUUUUUUUUUAAUGGUGCAAGUUAAAUAAUUAUUAAUUGUCCUUUGACAAUUAAAACAUUUUAAUUACCAUGGAACAAAGCUAACACUAGAAAAAUGCAGUAAAAAGAAUAAAUGUCAUCCAGUUGACAAAAUUUGCCUUAAAAUAUUAAAAAAAAAAAUUAAUUCGAGUAAAAGUAAAAGCUUUCUCUCAAUACUUUUUAUCAAAGCCGCUUACUAAAUUAAUUUUUUUUUUUUUUAAAUAAUUAAAGUGGAUUUAAAAUACUUGAAUUUUAAAUUGCUAUGGCGAUUAUUGAAGAAUUUAAUUAUUUAUGUCGUCUGUGUGCUGCCAAGACAGGAAUAAUGAUGAUGGGACUGCCGAUAUUUGAACCUGGUGAGAGAUUGCAAAAUAUUGAAGAAAAAAUCGCCGCUUGUUUGCCAGUACGAGUGUCAAGGUGCGAUGAUCUCCCGAAAAUAAUUUGCGAGCCAUGUGCCUAUAAAUUAAACGAACUGUUUGAUUUUCGUGAAAAAUGUCUGCAUACUGAAGGAUUAUUCUUGGAUAUGCUGAAGGAAAUAAAGACCGAGUCGAUUAAUAUCGUGGAUAAUACGCUGGCAGGUGUCGAUGAGAUGUCAAGUGUCAUACAAACAGACAUCGACGCUCUGCACAAUCAUAGUCACAGUCAUAACCACAAUCAUAACCACAAUCAUAACCAUAACCAUCUCCAGCAGCAUGGUAUUGAUGAUAUAAGUAGGAUGCAGAACGGUAUUGAUGAUAUGCAGACACAAGACUGCACAGCAAGACGUCCUGAGGGUGCCAAUGAAACGAGGAGUAUGCACUCGAUGAGAGUUAUGGACGACAUGGAGCUCGCUGGAGGUGAGCAGGUUGUGAGCCAGGAAGAAAUUACCCCUCAGGAGUCCCUUGAGGUCACGGGAAUGGAGGGUCUUGAUGAACACAUGCAUGAAGUGUCCAAUCAUCCUAUAGCGAUACACUUAGACGGUGAGAUUACUGUGGUAGGUAAUUUGACGGUGGACAAUCAUCUGGGAAUAAAUUACGUGACAGCAAUAGUUCCGGAGCAGCAGAAUGGAGAGCAGAUUCUUCACUACUGCGAGAAUGUUGAGUACGAGGGAGUUGAUGUUAAACAAGAGUAUCGAAGACUGCAAGAUCACUUGACUGGUGAUGGUACGGCGACGCGUGAUAUUCAGGCGAGCACUUCAGUUCAGAGCUUUGCUGACGCUGUUGCUGCUGCCGUUGCCGUUGAGAAUGAGAAUAAGGUUGACAGUGCGCGGGGCUCGCAAAUCCCGGAAGCGGAAGUCCAUGCCAACACGAUGCCGUCCACGAGUCAGGAAUCAAAGUCGGUUGAGUUGGUAGAGUAUACUAAGGAAUCAAAAGACAGUUUAAUUGAAAAUGUCAUCAACAAUCCGACGCUUGACGCGACUGGUGCCAACUGGUACAUCUGUCCCUUUUGUAAUGAAGCCGCAAACGAACCGGCCACUCUACUAGACCACUACGACCAGCACUUUUGUUCCUGCUCAUGCGGGGCCUACUUUAUCAGCAUUGAGGAGUUUAACCAGCAUGAGCAACAGUGUCCUUUUUUAAAUGAUUCAAAGUCUUCGAUAGCUAACGGGGAAGAUGAGUUGUCAGCUGGUGAAUCUGUUCCAGCUACCGGCAAUAAUGUAGUAGAUCUUGCUGACAUUGAUGCCGGGGUCGGCAACGCUGACACCGAAGCCGAAGGAAAUGAAAAAUCGCAAUCUGGCGUACGACAAAAAUGGACUCCUAAGAUUUGUUCCCAGUGUGGGAAACAGUAUCGGACAAAUUACAAGCUCCAGGAACACAUGCGUAAGCACACAGGGGAAAAACCAUUUCAAUGUGAGCUCUGCGAAAAAGCGUUUCGCAGCAAAAUAGGUCUGGCCCAGCACACCGCGACCCACACAGGGCAGUUUGACUACAGCUGUUCGACCUGCGGCAAAGGGUUCCAGUGCAAGAGUUAUCUGGUCGUUCACCAGCGAGUCCAUUCAGAUUUAAAGCCCUAUCCCUGCGAGACCUGUGGCCAGAAUUUCAAGACCAAGCAGUCGCUGUUGGAUCAUCAGAACCGUCAUCUGGGUGUCAAACCCUACAUGUGUGAAAUUUGCGGGCGUAGUUUUAUAACGAAAGGUCUCUGCAAAAGUCAUCAGAGGAUACACUCGGGUACCGAUAAUCGUCAGUAUCCAUGCAAAGUAUGCAAUAAAAUGUUCGUAAGUAAAAGUUACUUGAACACGCAUCUUCGUAUCCACACGGGAGAGAAACCUUAUCUCUGUGAAGUUUGCGGUAAAGGUUUUUUGACGCGCGUUGAUUUACGCAUACACUCAACAAUGCACACGGGAGAAAAAAGUUUCAAAUGUGAAAUGUGUAAUAAAGUAUUCGCCAGACGCGCGGCUCUCAGGUGCCACAGAAGAUCACACACGGGCGAGCGACCCUACAAAUGUGACGUCUGCGGGAAAACUUUCACCCAGUUUAGUCCAAUGGCUAUUCACAAGCGGUUACAUACCGGCGAACGGCCUUACCAGUGUGAUAUUUGUAAUAAAACUUUUAUUUCAAAGUCAACGAUGAUGUGCCACAGGAAGAAGCAUCGCGUACCAAACGACAAUGACUCUACCGCGGAAAAAGAUAUUGCCAGUGGUAACGAUGACUCGGCAAAUGACAUCGUCAUUAAUGUAGUCAUUGAGACUCCUGACGGCAUUGAAAUUCAUGCAGACUGAUUUUUUACAUACCCUUUGUCAUGUUGAUUUAAUUAUUACUAUUCAUUUAUUAUUUUUACUGUAUAUUCUGCGGCGAGAAGUAAAACGCGAUUCCAGACCUGGAUGCCGUCACAUCGAGUCUGCUCGCGAUUUAAAUGUCGCCCGAUAUAUUUACCAUAAUUACCUGCAUUGGAACUGGGAUUUUAGUUUAAAUGUCUGGAGUCAGUGGCGACGAGCCAGAGCUGGAAGUUAUUUAGCGGUCGCGGACUAAAAUUUUUUUUUACUGGGGAAUUUUAACCCACUAAAUGUUUGUGCUUUUAAAUUAGCUGGCUCCAGGCAUUGAAAUUUUUAUUUCCAAUGCAGAUAAUGAGAAAAAUAACGAAAAGUUUCAAGUUAUUUAAGACUUUAAAAAAUUUAGGUGACUUAGAUUUUAAAAUGGUUGACUACACUGUAAAAAAUCGGGAGUGAUCACGGAUUUUUAUUAGAUCCGACAUCACUCCGUCACUCGGAGUUGCGGAGUUUAAAAAAAAAUCACUCCGUACACGGAGUAAAUAGGAAGUUUAUUUUUUCAGCGGAGUAAUUUCGGAGUGAUCUGGAUUUUAUUUAAAUCCACAUUCACUCCGAUUCCGAGUUUUAAUAUUAAAGUAAACUUCCCUUUGCAGUGAAUUUUACUCCAAUCCCUGGCGGAAAUUUUUCGGACUUUUCUCUGAAAAACUCUGAAAAAGUUCCGGAAAAUUUCCACCAGGGAUGGGAUUAAAUAAAUACGCAGUCAUUGACUCCGGAUUUAAUCCGCGUUCACUCCACAAAUUUUUUACAGUAUUAUCGAAAGAUCGAUAAUAAAAUUUAUUAAAAGUUCUGACUAGGGUAAAUAAUUAAUUUAAAAAUUGUAAAUCUAAUAUAUUUUACAAAAUUACGUCCAAUAUUAAAUUUGAAUAUUUAUAGGAUUUAAAUAAAGAGUAAAAAAUUCAAAGUUAAAUUUCAGAUAAAUUUAAAAAAAAAAUAUUGACAAUUAUUUAUUGAAUCCGAUUUUUAAAAAUGUAUAUUAAUUAUUAAUUAAGAAAAUAAAUUUUUUCUAAGUUCUGUAAAUUAAAUUACGGGUAUUAAAUAUGAAAAUUAUUUAUAUGAAAAAUUUUACAUUUUUAUUGAUUGUAAAAAAAAUUAAUAAGAGCCACAGUAAUUUUUUUUUAAAGUCUUAAAUAUACAGACUUCAUAUAAUCAUAAUAACAGUAAACAAAAAAAAAUAAUUAAACAUUUGCAUUUAAUUGCUCACGUGUGAUUGUCUCGUUUGUUCAUCACGUGACUAAUCGAGUUCGAAUUUGCCAGAUUUUUUUUCAAUUAAAAAUAAAUACUGUUAUAAUUAAACAAUAAUAUUAAAAAUUAAUCUCAUGAUAAUAUGUAAAAAAAUAUAUAUAUAUUCUAGGUGUAAAUAAGUAUUGAGUGAUAGUUGCUGAUAAAGAUUUAAUAAUUAAAUAAACAACACUUCGCGUAAGUUAUGUACUAUAAGAUUAUAAUUAAUUGAGUGAUUGAUUUUUUUACGUAUUUUGACAGCGCGGGUCUGCAGAGGAUCGAUAAAUUAUUUUUUUAUAUAAAAAAAAUAGCUGGUUAGAAUGAAUAUUUAUCUAGAUCUCUAGAUAUGAUCUUGUAUUGGGUAUAUUUUAAAUUAAAUAUAUUUUGUUUCAGUGUAAUCUUGUAGUACACGCGAACUAUAUAUUAUUAUUACUAUUAUUAGUUAUUAUAUUUAUUCAAUAUGUAAAUCAAGUUAAUUUUUAAUUUCUUGUAUCAAUAAAACGAAUUUCUUAAUAAAAUUAAUUUUUAAUUAUCUAUAUUUUUUAAUAUUAUCAGGGAAUUAGUACUCAAUCAUACGAGUGCGAAUGUAGAAGACGUCAGACAAAUUUUAAAUUAUUAAUAGAGUAAAUAAUUGUUGAAAUAAAAUUUUUAAAAAAUGCGCAUUUAAAAAAUUUUAAAAUUAAUAAGUACAUUUUUUAUAAAUAUUUUUUUUUUAUUUACUAUUUAUUUAUAAUUUUAUAUUCGUCUGGUGUCUGUUACAUUCACACUCAUCUCAAUCAUUCCACGUAUUUGUAUAUUUAUAUUUAGUAAAAAUAUAUGUAUAGUAGGGUGUAUAAAAAAAAUCGACUA